AUGAUUAUGGCUAUGGAGUUACGCUCAUCAAGACUUUAUUCAGCUAUAUUGCAUAGGUGUUUCUCGCUUUCACUUAUUAGGAACAAAAAAGAAGUAAAGUAUACAGUCAACAAGAAUGUUACAACAGUUGAAGGAGUAAUCAUUCCGUCAGAACGAGAGGGAAAAGUGGUGUGUUUAGAUGGUUUUGGCGAUCCUCGAGAUACGGAUCCCAUUACUCGGUUAGGACUAAAUAUUCGUCACACAGAUGUCAGAAUUUUAUCACAGUUUUUAAGACCUGAUGGAAAUAUUCUUCCCAGAAGUAUCAGUGGUAUAAGCAAUAGAUCGCAGAUGCACUUGGAGCUUAUGGUUGAACGCGCAAGAAAAGCCGGUUUACUACCUAUUAGAAUUGAACCUGAUGGGACUCAUAUUUAUGAGCAACGUGGACGUCAUCAGUUUAAUGUAUACUAUGAUAGCGAAAUGAUUGGCCUCCCAAAAGCAUCGAAGAAAGCAGUUAAAUAUGUCCCACCUGAAUGA